AUGAGAGCAGCUACGAGAAACAAUGUCACCAACAGACUAUUUAUGACAACUUUCCUAGUAGCUUUUUCCUCUGUUGCAUUAGGAUCAGUACUACCAUGCCCUGCGCAUACUCUGGACUCCGAUAGUCCAGUGCAUGAUGACCAGGCUCCGCAGAAGCGUAAGCCUGUAAGUCCUAAUACCAAGGACAUAUAA